GGAGACUCUGUCUCAAAAAAAGGAAAAGAAAAAGGAAAGAGAGGGAGGAGACAGGGCCACCAAGAACUGGCACACUGUGCCAACUCUAGGGACCACCAACUGGUGGGUUAUAGCAUACAUGGCUCCCCUGGGGUAGUGCAGUGCCGUAGCCCUGGCAGGAUUCAUUCUGUAAUACAUUUCCCACAGGGCAUGCUCUGUCCUCCUGACAGUCAAGAGUCCUCCAUCUGGCAACUGGCAAUGGGCUUUCAAACAGCCCACCUUUUUCCGAGAGAGAUAAGAUGAGGCAGAACAGAGUCAUUGGAAGAAACAGCCUCAGAGUCAGAACUCCAGUCAAGUCCUGGCUCAGUCAGGACUUGGGAAUGGAGUGGCCCUCAGGCAAUUUAUGAAACCUCAGUUUCCUGAUCUGUGAAAUGGAGAGAAUAAAACCACUUGUUUUGGGGAUGAAAGAUCGUGUACAGGCACUAAGGACACAGGAACCAUGUACAAGAUAAGAGCGAUUGGGGCUGCAGUGAGCUGCCACUGUACUCCACUGUCCUCCGGGGGGCGACAAAGCGAGACCCUGUCUCAAAGAUAAAUACAUAAAUACAUAAAUGAUAAGAGCUGCAAAUAACAGGAUAUCUGCAAUGUCCAGUGACAAUGACAAUAACAGCUAACAUCUAUUGAAUCUCACAUGUUCUGGGCAUUGAGCUAAGGGCUUUCCUUGAUUUAACUCAUGUAAUUGUCUCAGCCCUCUUUUGACCUCGUGUCUCCAUUUCACAGACGAGGAAAUGGGCACGAGGUGGGGGGGUGGUUAAGAGGCUUGGCCAGGGUCACCCUGCUAGUAGGUAGUACAACUGGGAUUCAAAUUCCAGCACUUUGGCUUUCAAUGCCAAACUCUUCACAACUAUAUUCAGUUUGGCAACUUUUAAAAAGCAGAUGUGAAUUUUGAUGGCAUGAAUAGUUAACCCAGAAAAUUCCAUUUGUGAAGACUUUCUAAGAAGGAGGAAUUUCAAAAUGAAGACCAGCAGAGGAGGCUGAUCCGGCCUCGAGCCUGCAGGGACAUCACUGGGCUAGUGUCCAGUGGGAAAAGCAAAUCCCUCUGCCUCCACGCUCCCUGUGCCUCUCUCUGCCUCCUCCUGCUCUCCUGUCCUCCCCUGCCAGGAUACUUCUGUCCUCUUACGCACUGUCCAUCCUCCCAGAGACUCACCUAGAGGCUAAGUCACACUGUGAGGAGCGCUGAGCCACCCAGAAGUGUUAGCAGGUGAGAUGUUGCUGUCUCUCUCCUACCUGCCCUGCUGCAGUUCCAAUCACCCUUCUCCCUGACCCCAACCAUCUGUCCUGACAACCGCCAGGCUUCUGCAGACUUCUGCAGUGACAAUUCCAGACAUUCAUUUCACAGAUAGGAAUGGGGGCACCCUGCUUUGAGCAGGAUAACUGGGCUGAGGGCAAAGGCCAUGUAGAGAGAUAGCUGUGUGCCAGGGACCCCAGCCACAGUACAAUACUGGAAAGGGGCCAAGGGCACCCUGCAGGGUUUAGCACACAUUGCCUGGGGCAACCAAGAAUGCUCCCUAAGUUCGAAAGUGAUGUAGACUCUUAAGACGGGGGCAGGAGUUCAGGAGAUGGGAAACAGGAGGUCUCUGGAGUUGGGGGGGGCCACAGGAGCCAAGGUAUGCAGUUGUGAAAAAGUAGAAGGAGCAGAGGAAACAGCCAAGGGUGGCUUGGGACAGGAUGUGGGGAGGAGGAGGGCUCUGUACCCACCUGCCUGGAUUCGAAUCCCGAGGCCUCCGCGUACUACCUGUGUGACCUUGGGCAAGUUGUUUGCCCUCUCUGUGCCUCAUUCCCCUCUAGGGCCUAUCCCGGGGUAGGAUGGUAGUGGGGGCGGGGGUCCCUGAACCACCUGGCUCUUCCCAGCAGGGGCCGAGCCUAGGGACUGUGGUCAGGGUGAAAGGCAGGGCAUGGACCCUCACUCAGGGCUGCGGGUACCCAACACGGGGGUGGAAUCGGAGCACAACGUGGCCCCGCGUUCCCAGGAAGAGACCCGAGGACGUCCCCAGGCCACCCCGCCAACCGCGUGCGCGCCGGCAGGAAGAGGGGGCGCGGGGUGACAGCCGCGGGCGCCUCAGUCCCGCGCCGCGCAGGGUCUCGCCUACCACCAGUGAUGCCCAGCCCUUGGUAGAGCUUGAACCACUUUCUAUAAACAGGAUGGCGGUGGAGAGACAGGCCUGGUCCAUGAGUCCAUGAGGGGUGAGGCCCCUCCAGGCCUAAAGAUGGGGAACAUCACUGCAGACAACUCCUCGAUGGGCUGCACCAUCGACCACACCAUCCACCAGACGCUGGCCCCGGUGGUCUAUGUCAUGGUGCUGGUGGUGGGCUUCCCCGCCAACUGCCUGUCCCUCUACUUCGGCUACCUGCAGAUCAAGGCCCGGAACGAGCUGGGCGUGUACCUGUGCAACCUGACGGUGGCCGACCUCUUCUACAUCUGCUCGCUGCCCUUCUGGCUGCAGUACGUGCUGCAGCACGACAACUGGUCACACGGUGACCUGUCGUGCCAGGUGUGCGGCAUCCUCCUCUACGAGAACAUCUACAUCAGCGUGGGCUUCCUCUGCUGCAUCUCCGUCGACCGCUACCUGGCUGUGGCCCAUCCUUUCCGCUUCCACCAGUUCCGGACCCUGAAGGCGGCUGUGGGCAUCAGCGUGGUCAUCUGGGCCAAGGAACUGCUGACCAGCAUCUACUUCCUGAUGCACGAGGAGGUCAUCGAGGACGAGGACCAGCACCGCGUGUGCUUCGAGCACUACCCCAUCCAGGCGUGGCAGCGCGGCAUCAACUACUACCGCUUCCUGGUGGGCUUCUUCUUCCCCAUCUGCCUGCUGCUGGCCUCCUACCAGGGCAUCCUGCGCGCUGUGCGCCGGAGCCACGGCACCCAGAAGAGCCGCAAGGACCAGAUCCAGCGGCUGGUGCUCAGCACCGUGGUCAUCUUCCUGGCCUGCUUCCUGCCCUACCACGUGCUGCUGCUGGUGCGCAGCCUCUGGGAGGCCAGCUGCGAGUUCGCCAAGGGCAUCUUCAACGCCUACCACUUCUCCCUCCUGCUCACCAGCUUCAACUGCGUUGCCGACCCCGUGCUCUACUGCUUUGUCAGCGAGACCACCCACCGGGACCUGGCCCGGCUCCGCGGGGCCUGCCUGGCCUUCUUCACCUGCUCCAGGACCGGCCGGGCCCGGGAGGCCUACCCACUGGGUGCCUCCGAGGCCUCCGGGAAAAGCGGGGCCCAGGGCGAGGAGCCCGAGCUGUUGACCAAGCUCCACCCCGCCUUCCAGACCCCUAACUCACCAGGGGCGGGAGGGUCCCCCACAGAUGCUUCGGCCUAGCCUGGGUCCCCCAUGGGUGGGGCCACGUGAGGCAGGAGCCUUCAGCCCACAGGCCUCAGGGUUGGCCACUUCCUGUUUCGCUCAGCACCAGUGCAGCUUUCUGCUGAGGCGGCGAGGCCCCUGUGACUCCGGAAGCCUGUUCUCACUUGCCGAGCCCACGGAGACCAUCGAGGGUGGGAAUAAGCCCCCGUCGGCUCAUGGUGGCCUCUGCCGCAGAGUAUGAUGUGGCCAAGCUGGGGCUGCUGGGACGGGGAGACAGUGAACUGCGCUUCCUGGCCUGCUUCCUGCAGAGAGUUUGUGCAUGGGGACUGUGAGGACGUGGAGGGUGGGAGGCUGGGGGUUUACCUGCCAGGGCUUCCAGUGCCACUGUUGUCACAGACAAUGUGUGUCCAGAUGCCCCGGUGGGACCAGCACUGGAGUCCUACCCACAACAGCAUGGGAAGUGAAGACUGGAGGGGAAAGGAAGGCAGGAGUGGGGAGGAAUGGGGGGAAGGAAAAGAGGAAGAAGGGAGGAGGGGAGAGGGAAGGUAGUGGGUGUUUGGAACUCAGGCUGGGGUGGGGGAGAGGGGGAGCUAUAGGCAGAGGAGGAUGCUAGCUCCAGCCACAAGAACUGGGAGAGCCGCUGGCUGCCCCAGGAGACCUGCCCCCUCCACAGAAAUGCCAGCCCUUUAGACCUUCUGGUUGGUUGGCUGGGACCAGCUCUGACUUCCCAGGUCAUGCCCUCCAAGACCUGCAACUCAAAUUCCUCAGAACCAAGAGGUUACAUAGGCUUCUUCCAAGAAGGGACCAGGGGCGAGGAGUAGAAGUUGGCAUCAGUAAACAUUUCUGGAAUCUACCAAAGGGAGGCCCAGGCAGAACCCCUUCCUCAGUCUCCCUUCCCCUCUUUCCUUUGUGCUAUGUCUCUUAGCCGUCUCAUCAGGGAUGCUCAGAGGCAGACAGCGCAGGCUGGAGGUGCUCCAGGGAGGGGUGCUCACGGUGGUCCCAGGACUACACUUGGCUUUGACUGAGCAGUCCCUGCUCAGAUCCUUGUGAAGGGUGUCCAGUGACAUGGGGAGGUUCUCUUCCCCUUCCUAGAGGAGGAAGUGACCAAGUUUGAAGGUGGCAGAAAUAACCACACAGCCAACAAGAGUCCAUGCAACUCAGCCCAGGAUCCUCCUGGACCAGUGACAUUGGUGGAAGCUUCCAUGCCUCAUUCUACAGUUCUUCCUCCUAUGUUGACCUUAAACACCAGCUUUCCCACUGACUACGGACUGGGAAGAGCUGAGGGCAGUAUCAUUUACUAUCAAGAGCUGUAUUUUUGUAUUGUCCUCUCUUUCUGCCAAGUGCACAUGUGUUGACUGUGCAAUGGAUUUAUGUAGCAAACUUCAGUCUGCAAAUAAAGCAAAGUAACCAGACA